GUCGUGGAUCAUACAAUCGUGGUCACACCAGGUUUGGAGUCGCUCCCAGUUUACGGGGUCAAGCAUUUACUAGAGAAAGAAUUGACGUUGGAUCAGUUGAAAGUGGUACCGUUUCCUCAACACGCGACCAUGACCUCCCGGCCCAGCAGAUCGCUUCGACCCAUCGACGAA